GUGACUAAUAAAAAAACAUUAGUAGAUUUUGCUAGAAGAAAGCUUCAUUUGUUAAAUAAGCAUGAGAUUUUAAAAAUAAAAUUUAUUAGGGAUAAUAAAUUUAUACAAAAUGAAGAGUAUACUAACACAUUUUCUAAUAAAAUUCAUAAUUUUCAUAAUAAUUGUCAUUCAUCUAGAAUUAUGAAUAGAUGUAUAUUUACUGGUAGGGCCAGGGCAGUAAUUAGACUUGCUAGAAUUAAUAGAAUAUCUUUUAAAGAUGCAGCAGAGAGAGGUAAAUUGGUGGGUAUAAAAAAAAGAUCAUGGUAA